CGACGCAACACUUUGUGCCAAGCUUUCGAAAGGGUAGUUAACAAAGAUGCGAUCGUACGCAAUUGCCCUAUUUCUACUCGCCACAGCGAGGGCUAUGCCCGCACUUGAUCAAAGUCCAAACGAUCCUAAUCUAGUUGGCAGUGUUUUAGGUGUUGUCAAAGAAUGCGUCGAAGGAGAUCUCUCUUUGUGCCUAAAGGAGAAAGCUUUGAAGUAUGUGGAGAGUUUGUCGACUGCGAGGGAAAUGGACCUGGCUGAGGGCGUGUCGUUGAUCGGGAAUGGAUCGCCGAGGUCUGCGAGGGCGUAUGAGCCUCUGGCGGAAGACCCUAAGGCCAGGGAGGCACAGGUGGAAUCAAGACUUGUGGACUCUGCUGCUGACUUUUUGGAGAAUCAUGUAAUCCAAUUCAGAAUGCCGUCGUCUGCUGUUGAAGGCAUGAAGCGAUCACUCGAAGAAGCUCGUGGCAAGAAGAAGAAGUUGAAGCAGCUCAUCCCCCUCUUAGCCAUCGCUAAACUGAAGAUCAUGGCUCUUAUCCCCCUUUUCCUUGGAAUCAUCGCCUUUGCUGCUGCCAAAGCCGUCCUUCUUGCCAAGAUCGCACUACUUGUCGCUGGUAUUAUUGCUCUCAAGAAACUCCUUGCAAGCAAACAUCAUGAGACCAGCUACGAAGUGGUUGCCCACCCUCAUCACGAAGAACACUACGCAAACAGUGGCCAUGGAUGGGGUAGAUCAAUUGAUGAAGCACAAAACUUAGCUUACUCGGGCCAUGUUAAGUCAGAUUAAAGAAGGACAUCCCAAGGAACGAUACUGGGCCCUAUUAUUUGUGUACAAAUGGUAAAUGCGAUAUUUAAAACGUGCGGUGUAAUUAUUUAUUACUAGUGUAAGAGUAUUUAUUGAGAGAUAGUUAUCCCUUUAUGGGGGAGUGUAACGAUGUUCGUUACUGUUGUUAUUGUUUUCAUAAAGAACGUUCUGAAUUUGUAUGGUCCCUCUUGUACUAUAUUAGUAUAUUUUUCACACCCUAUACGGUAUCCGUAUUUGUGUAUUUGUCGUUGCAAAUAUUUAUGUAUGGUUACUUGUCUAUUACUAAUAUGACUCUUCAGCUACUGUGAUCUAGUCCUAUAAGUCCUUAGAUAUAUUUCAUAUUGUAUAUAUGUACUUAUGUAUAUUUUUCUUCAUAUUUCUAUGUGUUGAUUUUAUUAUAAGUUUUCAUAUAUAAGCUGUCUUACGUAAAUAUUAGUGUAUGUAUAUAUAGUUAUUUAUGUAAUGUUUACAUUUAUACCUCUUAACACCCGAAUUUAUUUAAUUGCUCACCUUAUCUUUUUUUUACAUUUCUGAUUAUUUUGUAUAUAUUAUUUAUGUAUAGACUUUUAUUUUAUAAAUACAGUCAUAUUACUGAAACGUAAUACCAAAGGAAGAUUAUACUCUUUUAUUAUAUAUUUUUAAUAUUUAUUAUUAAAUAACACUUGUUUCGUACAAAUAAAGAACUGAAAUGUU